AUGACAAAGACAACAGUUACAUACACAAACACUACUGUAUACUUACAGAGUGAUAAAAGCUUUGUUUAAUCUGUAUCUAUUCUGGGGUUUUGUGGAUUCUCUGAGCUAAGAGAAGCAAAGCCUUCUCUUUCCCAGUCUCUUCUUCAUGGAGAUUACACAAAUCUAGUGGUUUUUACAGCUCUCAAGCUCACUCUAAGGGUGGUGAAAAAAUGGAGAUUGAAGUUGCUAAUAAAAUGGCUGUGGAGAGUUGUCAUAGAGUGCUGAGUUUGAUGGCUCAGCCCAAGGAUCAGAUUCAGUAUAGGAAUAUGAUGGUUGAAACUGGUGAAGCUGUGUCGAAAUUCGAGAAAGUUGUUUCUUUACUCAAUGCUGGUUUAGGGCAUGCUAGAGUAAGGAGGGUUAAGAAUUUUCAUACCCCUUUACCUCAACACAUACUUCUAGAUAGUUCAGUUGGUAGAGCUGAUUGCCAACCGAAAGCCCUUCAGCUUCUUUCGAAUGAUUUUCGUGAGAGCCCGGUUCUUGAUUUGGGUUCAAAUUUGAAGAGUAAUCUUAGUUUGGGGAACUCAUCAUUGGACUUGAGUUCGAAUGGGAAGAACCCCCUUCAGGUUUCCCAACAGACGCCACCGUUGUCGAAUUAUCACUUUCUGCAACAAAAAUAUCAACUUCAGCAGCAACAGUUGAAACAGCAAGCUGAAAUGAUGUAUCGGCGGAGUAAUAGUGGUAUAAGCCUGAACUUUGACAGCUCUACCUGCACGCCCACCAUGUCAUCUAGUAGGUCGUUUAUGUCCUCACUGAGCGUCGAUGGGAGUGUGGCCAAUUUGGACGGUAAUGCUUUUCAUUUGAUAGGAGCGUCCCGUUCUUUGGAUCAAAGCUCAUACCAGCACAAACGGAGGUGCUCUGCCAAAGGAGAUGAUGGUAGUGUGAAAUGUGGAAGUAGUGGUAGAUGUCACUGUUCAAAGAAGAGGAAACAUCGGGUAAAGAGAUCAAUCAAAGUACCUGCUAUAAGCAACAAGCUUGCAGACAUCCCUCCUGAUGAAUACUCAUGGAGGAAAUAUGGGCAGAAGCCCAUCAAGGGUUCUCCGCAUCCAAGAGGUUACUAUAAAUGUAGCAGCAUGAGAGGGUGCCCUGCAAGGAAACAUGUGGAGAGGUGCUUGGAAGAGCCUUCUAUGCUAAUCGUCACGUAUGAAGGCGAGCAUAACCACCCUAGGUUGCCGGUCCCAUCGACAACCACAUAGAACUACAUAAAAGGUCGGUACAAAAACUUUUGUUGCUCAACAUAUAGCAGACUGAUGAAACAAGAAAGAGGCUUCGAGGGAGGGAAGGGCAAACACAAUAGGUAGAAUUUUGUAAAAUUGGUGAUUUUGGUUGUAAAACAAGUUGAUCUCAAAUGGCUUUGAAUCUACCGGUAGUUUGAAGAUAUCGAACCCUGUUUCCUAUCUUUUGUUAGCUUAGUUGUUACCUGGUAGAAUUUAUUAUGACUUUCGGUAUGAUUGUUUAAUAUCUUGUUACCUUGUGAAAUUGCAAAUGUGGUUCUGGUUUCGUUA